UCAAUUCUCAAGUCAUGAUUUGCUGAUUGAAUAUGUGCAUUUAUUUUGUGGUCGUAAUGGUUAUAGUAUAUCUAUUGCAAGAUCCAAGCAAAAUAAGGUAUAUUUAGGUUGUGACCGUGAAGAAGAAUAUAGAAAUCGUUUAAAUCAUACAGAUGAAACACGUAAAAAAGAACAAGAAGCACAAGAAAGACUGAAUGAAAUGACAAAAGCUGGAAUUCGCCUUUUAGAAAUAUUAUCUUUUCUUUGGCAAAACGAUCCUUUAAUUUCUACCACAUUACGUGAUAUAUAUAAUAUUCGCAAGAAGGUUCGUCAAAAAAAUUUGCAGAGCCACAUGUCUAUUCAGGCUCUUUUGGAGGAACUUGAAGAUGAGAAGUUUGAAUAUGAUUACAAGUAUGAAAAAGAAGAUGAUUACCUAUGGGCUCUUGUCUGUCUAUCUCAUUUAUUUGAUGAAAUUGAGAAGCCUAAAGAAGCAUUUUUGCAUCAUUGGUCUAGAAUAAUGAAAUCAAAAACAGAAGAAAACUUUAACAUACAAUGGGCAGAAUUAUGUUCUAAGUAUAAUGAGAAUUUGUUAGCUAUUUAUUAUAUUCAAGACACAUGGCUUCCAUUCAAAGAACAAUUUGUUAGUGCAUGGACAGACCAUCAUUUUCAUUUAGGUAAUACAACAACAUCUCAUAUAGAAAGUGCACAUGGAGUAUUAAAAAAAUAUUUGCAAGUUUCAACAGGUGACUUGCAUGUGGUAUAUGAAAAAAUUCUGUUAUUAAGAGAACAUCAAUAUAAUGAAAUCAAAGCAAUGGCUGCUCAGGACAAAGUUCACAUUCUACAUACACAAAAUAUUCCUUUUUACUCCAAGUUAAUCACUAAAGUUUCUAUAUUUGCAUUAAAAAAAUUACAUGAACAAUACCUUAAAGCUAUAUGUGCAACUUCCGAUAAUCUACUUGAAUCUUGCAGUAGUACAUUUACUCCUCAACAAGCUACUGCUCGAAAUAAACUGGCCAAAUUAGUUAGACUAUCAUCUACAUCAUUAUUGGAUCCAAUAUUGCAGUAUACUAGAGGAUAG